GUCGAAUGUCAAGUUGUAAAAAAAUAAAUAAAAAAAUAAAAAUAAAGAACAUUAUUUCUUUCCCAAUAAGGCCAUUUCUAUCUUAUUUCUUACCCUACCUAUCUUCUUCUUUCCCCCUCUCUGCAAAACCAAAGCCUCCUCAAGAAGUGCAAUGACUCUCUCAUGGAAAUAGACUCAGCGAAGAUGAGUGUGGUUGAAAGUGGUUGUUUGGAGGGGAUAGCGAAUGGGUGUGACAACUUUCCAGACUUUCUGAAUAUUUUGGAUUUCCCAGAGGAGAGUUUGGAAGGAGAAGACUUUGUAGGGGAUUGGGAUGCUAAUAUGUUGGAGUCCCUUGGCCCAAUCCCUUCAGAUGCUUUGAUGGGGUUGUCUCCUCCAUUGCCUAAGGCUGAUAUUGUUAAUGGCUCUUUGAAGACGGCAUUCAAGUCCCAGGCUAUUGAGGAAUCAUCUGGUGCUACGCUUUUCUACCCAAGCAAAUAUUAUGAUGCGCGGAAGUCUCGUUUGUUCCAGACACAAAGCCCAAUAUCUGUCCUAGAGUGCAGCAUUUCCAACAAACCUGACUUGAUCAUCCCGGUACGUACCCGAUCCAAACGUACCCGACCAACCGUCAAUCCAUGGACUCUAAUCCCUCCUCCCAUAUCUCCUACUGCCUCCGCAUUGGGUGGGAAGAAAAGAAGAAUGAGGAUGAAGACAUCAGUUAAUAAUGGGGUGACUUCGGACCAGGCACUGUCCACAGUUAAAAGAUGCACACAUUGUGAAGUCACAAAGACACCACAGUGGAGAGAGGGACCAUUGGGACCCAGGACUCUAUGCAAUGCGUGCGGUGUCCGUUACCGCUCGGGACGGCUUCUUCCGGAAUACCGUCCAGCAGCUAGCCCAACAUUUGUUCCUACACUGCACUCCAACUCUCACAGAAAGGUUGUGGAAAUGAGAAGGAAAGCUGUUCUGGACAUGCCGGAUGGUUAAGGAUUUAAGAUGGUGGGAGAGUCUAGUUAGGAGGGAUUAAUGUUUUCUCUUUUAUGCUCUUAAGGUUAUUUACCAGAGGGAGAUUGUGCUAAUUACUGAAGCAGUUUUGUACAAAAAUGAGAUGGAACUUAAGAGUGGUAGAUCCAAGAGAAAAAAGGCUGGAGGUUUUUACUGGUGAUUUUAUGGAACCUCUUAAACUCUUGCUCGGUUUCUUUUAUUACAUUCUUCUUAAGUUCUUAUCCCCCUGGCAAGGUGACCCCUUUUUAUUGUCAUUUUAGAUUCUUUAAGCUGAUCAGAUUUUAAGUGGAUCACAGUUUAGUCUCC